AUGCCAAAUACUAUUGCACUGGAAGAAGACGAUGAUAUCGUGGGGCGCCCCUUUGGAGUGAUCCCAGCCCUACUCGAACGUCUCUUCAACGGGAUUCUCGACGGCCUCGAAGAGGAUGUGGGGGUGGCGGCGGCCGAGGAUCUUUGCUGCCUGCUCGAGACGACAGUUGUGGAGGUCGCUUGGAGAUGCAGAGAUUCCGAGGUGCGGUUCACCACCAAGUUGAGCGAUGGCGGCCUACGGUCGGAAAAUUGUUGCCAAAAGGAAUGGAUUUGGCAAUUGGAGGAGCCUCAAGAAAGUGUCUUGGCCAUUCUGACGGCCCCAUCUGCGGCAAGAAAGAACGCUACUAGCUGUGGCUGGAACGUAACCGGGGCUGAAGAAGCGACCCCGCGCCAGCCACAGAGCCUUUGCCUUCCAGCGAACAACCUCACCAACAGCCAGCUGUGGAGAAAAGUGCCCAAGCGCCAUGUCGGGGAGACAAGGUAG